AUGGAUCUAGUAAAAUAUUUAACAUUUUCUAUGAUUCUUUUUCUUUUAGGUAUUUGGGGGAUUUUCUUGAAUAGAAAAAACAUCCUUAUUAUGUUAAUGUCAAUUGAGUUAAUGUUACUUGCAGUCGAUUUAAACUUUUUGGUAUUUUCGGUUUAUUUGGAUGAUAUGAUGGGUCAAUUAUUUGCUUUAUUUGUUUUAACGGUGGCAGCAGCGGAAUCCGCUAUUGGGCUGGCCAUUCUGGUUAUAACUUUUCGAAUUCGUGGGACUAUUGCAGUGGAAUUUAUUAAUUGCAUGAAGGGAUAA